AUGAAGCGCGAGUAUCCCGCCGGCAGGCUGUGCGCGACGAGCAGGAAGCCGCAGCCGCGACGCAAGAUGGUGCAAACGGUGAUCGUGGGGUACAAGGUGGUGGGGAAGCCGGAGACGGCGACGAGCGGGCGAAUGAAGCCCAAGAGCCACGAGGUGACGGAGGAACAACUGCCGGCGUCGGAACCACACAUGGCGGUGACCACGGAGCCACAGUGGAGAUGGUACAAGGGCGAGGACCGCCACGACCACCCGCCCCAAUGCCCGAGCUGCUGCAGGUGCCAACACCAGGAUUUAUCGUCGAACGAGCGCGACGGCAAGUUCGUAAUCACACUGGGUGUUACGUGCAGGAACACGAAGUGGAGUACGGGGUACGGCGUGGGGGUCCCAUGGGCCGGCGAUGGUUGUCUGCAGAGGGGUUCGAGGCGCUCGACGACGCCCACAAGAUCAAGGACGAUCUUGAUGCCGGGGAUGGCGUGUAGUAUGGUGCCCUGCCACUGGGCUGCAGGACGCGAUCAAGCUGGGGGUCACGUCACGAUUAACUUGACGCAAUGA